AUGGCAGCAAGGGCAUCACCUGGUGCCAGCAAAUGCAGAAGGCCAGCAUGCAAGGAAGACACAAACGCUGAUCUGUUCACCAUCAACAGUGACGGACACCUGGUCAUAGCAUCCAGAAUUAACAGAGAAAUAUUGAGCAAUUCAGACCUCGUGGUAACUUUGGUCGUGGAUGACAGUGUCGGUAACUCAGCUAGCGCUGACUUGACUAUUAGUGUAGAAGACAUCAAUGACAACAUACCCACUUGUGGCCAGUCUGUGUUCAUCAUACAGAUAGAAGAGGCAGGAACUGAAAGCAACAAAAUGAUUGAUAAUACGCUGGUAUGCACCGACAAAGACCUUGGUAACAACGCCGUCGUAGUUCUGAACAUCACGUCUGGAAAUGAUGAUAAUGUAUUUCGGUACGAGGGUCAAGAACUGUGGGGGUCGCCUGACCAGCUGGACUAUGAGGGCCUGGACACAGUGGGGUACAAGUACACUCUAGUGGUGGAGGCCAUGGACUCGCCUGACGAGGGGAACCGCAACAAAAAUCCGACUACUCUGCGACUGAUGAGUACCUUGAGGAGCCGUGCCAGGAAAGAAGGCACACCAAUUCAACAGAUCUUCGAAGAUGAGAUGAGAACCUUGACCGUCGAUGAAGCUGCCACAACACCCUCCUUUGCUAGCAUUGAUGCUGUUCUCUACCGACACCGCCGAAAGAAUCGUCCACCACUCCGGAAGACCCUAGCUGAUGUGUGCAUAGAAGACCAGUGGGCUGAGACCAGUGACGGAAGUCAAUUCCUCGCCAUAGACGAUGGUGUUGACGACAGAAUCCUGGUGUUCUCCACAGAAGACAUGAUGGAGACUAUGCAGAGUGCCGACACCCUAUUCAUGGAUGGUACAUUCUGUUCCUGUCCAAGCCUUUGGAACCAGCUGUAUGCUGUUCACUGUCUCUCUGGUUCCACCAUGUUCCCCGAUGCGUUUGCCCUAAUGCCUAAUGGACAAAGAUUGACCUACAUCGAGCUGUCCCAGCAACUGAAGAAUGUUCUCUAUACUAUAACGGGUAAAAAUGAAUUUGCCCCUCACUUCACAUCACCAGUACCAGAUAGCUCGGCAAACUUUCCAGAGGAGACAGUGUCUGAGGAUACCGCACCUGGGACAAUUAUCAUCACCUACGCAGCUUCAGAUGACGACCACGGCAACGACGGGGAAGUACACUAUGAGAUCGUCUCAGUUACAUCAGAUACUGGAGCUAGCGAACCGAACAUCUUCACGAUCGAUGGAGACAGUGGGACUCUCAUUCUGUCAGAAUCUCUGGACGCCGAUUCCGACACAGGCGGUGUGGCCUACUACAGCGUGGUGGUCAAAGCCGUGGACAGUGGUGCCACGCCCCUCGAAACCCAAGCUACACAAAAAAUACUACUUGGUGGUGCCAAUGACAAUGCUCCUGUUUUCAUUAACGUUGACAACGAGGUGUUUGUCGACGAAAACGCUAGUCUGAAUGACGUCGUAGUUGAAUUGACGGUUACGGACCCAGACGGUGACAGCGUAACAAUAUCAGCAGACGGAGGGGACAAUACUGUGUUUGGCAUUGAUGGUAACAACAUCGUCGUUCUUGGUACUCUGGACUUCGAAACUAGGACAUGCUACUCUCUGGACAUAAGCGCCAGUGACGGUACCUUCAGCAACAAUAUUUAUGUGACGAUCAAAGUGAGCAACGUGAACGACGAACCCCCCACCAUCAGGGCGAUAAGCAGUCCGAGCAUGAUGGAGGAGACGGCAGUGGGGACGGUGCUGCAUGGCCUGUACACCACCAUUGAUCCUGACGUUGGCGAUACAGUAACGUAUUCUCACAGUGGUACAGAUGCAAGCUACUUCAGUAUAAGCGACGGCGGAGAUCUUCAAGUUGCUCAGCGUGUAGACCUUGAGGCUGGUACUUCCAGCUUGAGUAUUGAUCUGACUGCGACAGAUGCGGGAGGCAACGCCGUGACGGAGUCGCUUACCAUAACGGUAAUCGACGUGAAUGACAACACCCCAUCGUGUGACAAGGAGGUGUAUGAACUGGAGCUGGAGGAGGCAUCGGGAGACAAACGGGGUAACUUUGACAGUGGCAGAGGGGGUGAUCCAGAUGGGGUGUUCCGCUUUCAAGGAUUGGAGUUGUGGGGAGCUGCCAACAACAUCGACUACGAAAGUCUCGAGACAACGGGGUACAAAUAUUACCUCUCAGUUGCCGUGACUGACGAACCGUCAAGCACACCCGCCAACACCGGGCAUAUUCUGGUGAUAGUCAAGGUGACGGGAAAGAACGAGCACACCCCAACGUGGAGCAGUGCUUCCCUGGACGGUGCGGGCAACCUGCUGGGGGUCACGGUGUCCGAGGACGCUUUGGUAGGAAACACCGUGACGAGUUUGGCGGCUUCUGACGAUGACCAGGGGCCUGAUGGGAGAGUCGGCUUUGAACUUGUGUCGGUUACAUCAGAUACCGGUGCUACGGUAUCGGACAAAUUCUGGCUCGACCCUGAAUCCGGAGACCUCAUCAUUGCUACACUACUAGACGCCGACUCCACCACAGGAGGCGUGACCUACUACGACGUUGCGGUAAAAGCCCAGGACGGCAACGCCACGCCACUGGAGGUCCAAGGAAGUCUGAGAGUGACAGUCAACGCGGUCAAUGACAACGCCCCAAUUUUCUCUGACACUGAGUUUAUAGCCACUGUUCCAGAGGACGUCACACCCGGCUUCACCGUCCUAAACCUGUCGCUAGACGACGUCGAUGGUGACACUCCCACAUUGACUGUUGUCGGUACAUGGUCAAGCCUCUUCAAGGGCGAAGGGGCGAGCAUUCUGACCAAUGGUAAACUUGAUUAUGAGACGGAAAAGUGCUAUUCUGUUCAAGUAAGGGCAUCUGAUGGCGUCCACACCACGGAUCACUUUGUGACCAUUCAAGUGACCGACGUCAGUGACGAACCCCCGGUACUCUCUGUGUACGCUGGGGUCACGGUGUCGGAAGAGCUUCCUCUAGGGGUUAUCAUCGGGGAUGUGUUCAGCGUUACUGACCCAGACACAACCGAAACCUUCACAUACAGUAUCUCAGGCUCACACAGCAGCUUACUGGACAUUAACGAGACGACCGGGCACCUGUACAUAAGCAGCAACAUCGACCGGGAUGGGGGAGUGGCCUAUUUGGAUGACCUGUCCCUAACAGUUACGGAUUCAGCUGGCCUCACCGACACAGCCGCCUUCAGACUCGACAUUACCGACAUCAAUGACGUGACCCCAGCAUUCUCCCAGAGUGUAUAUUCUGUCCAGACAACUGAAAACAGCGCCUACUCAAAACUAGUCCCGCUCUCUUGUACUGAUGACGACUCGGGUAUCAAUGGCGAUGUGUCUCUCUCAAUUCCUGCUGCCGACAACCCUGAUGGCAUCUUCUCCUUAGUUGGGUCUGAAAUGUAUGCUGACGGUAGUCUCAUUGACUAUGAGACAACAUCGUCCUACAGCAUCACCGUCCUGUGCGUGGACUCGGCGGGGUCGGUGACGGCCAAGACCGGGGUGACAGUUGUACAAAUCCAGGUUGUUGGUGAUAACGAGUUCGAUCCUGUGUGGGAUACGAUCGUUCCUGACGGUACCGGGAUGUUUCCCGGGGUGAGCAUCAGUGAAUCUGAUAGCCCGGGAACACUUGUUCAGACGUUCAGCGCAACAGACCAGGACGAAGGAGUCGAUGGCGAUGUCACUUACGACAUCAUGUCUAUUACUUCCGCUGAGUCUACAGCUGUUGCCGAUCUCUUCAAAAUGGACAAAGAUAUGGGAACGCUCACGACUGCGGUGAAUCUCGACGCAGACGUCGACACAGGAGGGUCAGCAUAUUACGACGUGAAGGUUCGUGCGAAAGAUCUGGGUCCGUCAAGCCGAGAGAUGACCGGCACAAUCCGAGUCACAGUCAACGAUACUGACGACAACGGCCCCAAAUUCACACAGCAACUAUUCUCGGGAGCUGUCCAGUGUUCAAAUGCUAUAAACGACGUUGUCGCUCAGGUGACAGUUGGAGACGCCGACAGCACUGUAGGCGCUAGCACCUUCUCCCUGCCGGAGGCUAGUACGUUGUUUGCUGUCGACGGAUCGACGGGCGACGUCUCCUUGCUGGUGGCCCCCGAUACUUUAGCCAUGACUGAACUGCGACAGUUUGUUGUUGUGAAAGCCACAGCCAGCAGCAAUACUGCUUUGGUGGACACAACAACCGUCUACGUCAGUUUUGAUUAUUGCGGAUCCACGACCACUGCCACCACAGAAACCACCACGACUUCUACAACAACACCAGCUCCUCCAUGUCAGCCGGGUGUGGACACAGAGGUGAUAGCCCUGGCAACUCUCUGUGCACUGAUGGGAGGAGCCGUCGGAGUUGCUGUCUUUCUGAAUGCCAAGAGUAUAAUGGCAGCACGGCCAUCGUCUGUCCAACCUUCCCUGCCUAAAAAAGGACAAGGUGAUCUUGAACGUCCUCUGGAAACGUCGAACAAAAUGGAAGUGGAAGAUCUGACACUGGAAGACCCUGCCGAUCAGUUCGUGUUUGACAGUCUUCCACCCUACUCAACUAUCGGAGGACGAUUUGAACAGCUUCCUUGACGUCCUCCCCCCCUCGAUCUUGUUUGGUGCUGUUACGCUAUCGUGCUUGAACAACUUCAGGCGAUUUACACGUAAUC